GUUUGUCGUGCCGUUUCCGAGAAAGCUGCACAAAAUCCAAGUGAUAUCAUCGCUAGGGUGAGGCAUAAGUCUCGGUGUCGUUUCCUUUUCUUCCAUUAGUCGCGGUAUCCAGUUUCCUUCAGAUUUUCCGCAGCAGUGAAGAAAUACAACAGCAAAUGAAUUCAGUGAUCACAGUGACGGUAGAGUUACUCCUCCAUCCUACUGGAAAUGUGUUUAGUGCUGCUAGUGCUAGUAAAUAGCCCUAUUCAUUUUUUCGUAUGUAGUGUAGUGUAGGGUCAGUAAGCAACCAGAGUGAAGUGAACAUUCACGGAAAGUCCAAAUACUUUUCGGCGGAUUGACUCUGUCGAGAGAAAGGUGUCAUAACAACGAAGAGCCCGUCGGUGACCGUUUUCGUCUCUUUAUGGGCAGGAAGUUCCUCCCGUCCCGAUGUACUCGUUGUCUGUAUCCCAGGCUAUGGCACUCUGCUUUCGUUGACGCCAUAAUCAUACAAAAAAGAGAAAUUUGAAUGAAUUUCCAUUCGCAUUGAGUUCUUUACUCCAUGCAAGACAAUUUGCAUAUUUGAAUUACUGUAAUUUCAGCCAGAGUGCAAAGUCAUAUCACAGUGCAAUUGAAACGGUGAUCAGUGGGUUCGAAUAUCUUGGAGCCCAGCAAACAAUUACAAGCCGAAGCUGCGACGAAAUAUACUCGAAAAUGUAAAAAAAGUGUGAUGAAGUGUGAUCCUACCGACAGUGAACGUACGUUGUGAAUAGGGGCAAUAGGAAAUCAAUUCACUCGUGGUCUGCGGUGCGGAUUGAAAGUUUGAGGGCCUGCCUCUGUGACUACUUUGACACAAAGAAGAAAACAAGAAUUCCGCUAGCCAGGCCCAACAGCGCGGAGUAAAACGUCGUCAUUGGGGCUCGAUAUAGGUGUUUUUCUUUUUCAUUUUAAUAAGUAAUACAUAUAUAAAACGCACCACGAUCGCCUUCAAAGAAAGAGAGACGCAGCAAUAAAUGAAAAAAUGGAGAAAACUGGAGUGAGCGCCAUCGUUGAGUACGAUUACACGGCAAAGGAAACGGAUGAGCUGACACUAAAGAAAGGUGCCAUUAUUACCAACAUAAAAAUUCAACCUGGUGGCUGGUGGGAAGGUACACUGACCGCAACCGGCAGGACCGGUAUGUUUCCGGAUAAUUUCGUUCGCGUGCUGGAACCGGAUGACAAAAAUCCAGUUGUUUUGAGGGAUAAGACUGCUGCUCAGAAUAGGAAAUGCAAAGUCAUAUACAGCUAUCGUGAAAACAAGGCAGAUGAGCUAACUUUAGCGGUCGGUGACAUAAUAGAAAUAUUUGAAGAGGUAGAGGUAGAAGAGGGCUGGUGGCGGGGAAAGUUGAACGGUAAAGUUGGUGUGUUUCCGUCGAACUUCGUUGAAGAAAUAGAGUCUGCAUCGCCUACUUCCGCUAAUCGAAAGAGCAGCACCGGGUCCAAACCAACUGCUCUCGAUGGAAGCCUGGUAGGUGGCCUGUCCAAAAACAACAGUCUGAAUAAAAGUCGGAGUAGUUUAAACAGCUCCCGGGAAGAUCUGGACAGUGUACCGGCUGGGCUGCAAAACCAGCAGCAUACUUUACCGGACGCUCCCUCGCUGCCCCCGAAACCCGUUCGAGAACUGUGCAGGGUACUGUUUGCCUACACGCCUGCCAACGAUGACGAGCUCAAACUGGUCGAGGGAGAUAUCAUCACCAUUUUGAGCAAAGACCUGCUCGAUAAAGGUUGGUGGAAAGGUGAACUGCGAGGCAAAGUCGGCGUGUUCCCGGAUAAUUUCGUUGUUGCCCUUCCGCCAGAAGUUUCACCAAUCAAAGAGUUGUUCCACGGUAAGCCUGAACGUCCGCCUCCGGCGGGAAAAAUCCUAAUCAACAAGCCGCACACUACCGGUGGCCAACCGAACAACGCCUACCGAAAGGAGAGCUUCGGCUCGAAAGAUUCUCUCAAUGACUCUUCUGGAAGUAGCGGCACAAUGGCGGCGAGUGGCUCGCCAACUUUCGGGAAUGUUGCAGCACACCGCAAAUCCCUAGAAACUAGGAAAGUCGAAAAUUCGCCGAUAGCCGGUACCACUGCAACUGCUCCCGUGACGGAAAAACCGCCACGUAAGAGUUUGGAUAAUAAAACGUCGGAGAUUCGUAAGAGUUUAGAAAGCUUGGAUGAAAAGAAAUCAACUCCACCACCAGUGUUAGGCAAGAAACCGCAAGUCCCGAUCAAGAAGAGUCCCUCGAUAACGAGCGUUACGAACAAUUUGUUCUCUGGGUUAAAACAGAAAGUGAAAGGGUCGGACAACAAGCCAACCACCGGUCAGGACAGUAUGGACGGUGCGGGCGGCAGUAGAAUUAAAUCGGAAGUAGCCGAUAACAACGAAAAGAACAUUAGUGGCGAGAGAUUGUCGAGGGACGAGUCCGAAUUUAAUCACGUAGAGCGUGGAUCCGUGUUGAAGGAUAUGCGCGCGAAUCGAGCAAAAGCACCUAAAAGGAGACCACCAACAUCAGCUGGUAGCAUUAUUGGAGAUUCCACUGGAAGUAAUGGAAUGAGUAACGGAAACUCUGGCUUAUUUCAACAACUAUCACAGAGUACAGAACCUGAGUCGCCAAAGCCGGAUUUGCUAAAUGUUAGCCAUCACAACAGUAAUAACAAUGAGGAUGAGUUUAUAGCCAAACCAAAAGCCAGAGAGUGGGAGAAACAUAAAGUACCCUGGAUGGAUGAAUUGAAAGCGAACCAAGCAAAGAAGACCUCUCCGAAUGUAAGCGAGUCGAAGUCACCCGAACAUCACAGCAAUGUAGCCAACAGCAAUCACCAGGAAGAGCACAAAUUCGAUAACAUUUCCAAGUCAUUCCAUAUAAACUCUUCGAGUGCAGUAUCAUCAACGGUGACGGCUUCCGGUCGAACCAGGUUAUCCGAACGAGCUGCCACUACUGGUACGGCAGAUGUAACCUGCACAUCGACCACAACCACCAACAAUAGCCACAACAACCAUAGUUCCUUCGACUUGAUCGCGUCCAGUAGAAAGGAAACUAGUAGCCAUCAGCACCUGUUAGCAUCAACACACAGUGUAGAUCAAACCAGCAGCAGCAGCACAAAUAACGUUAUGACAAAGUCAAUGUCUGCUCUUUCAACCAAGAUUGCCAUUCCCUCGGACAGCGGUAGUAGUGCGAACAAUACAAAUGAAACGUCGCCGGCCGUUAGCAACAAUCGGCCAGUUAGCGUCAACUUGCGUAACCGUAGCAUAUCACCGACGCCAACCACCAGGAAUACUAAGACAAUCCACAUUACUUCCCCCAGCGGUGGGCAGACGGACUUAACAGGUAAUAAGAAUGGAACCUGCAGUGGAGCAACAACCACUACCGCCAUUGGGCCAGCUGGAACAACUGCCACGUUGGUGCCGAUUACCAACGAUAACGUAUGCUCUCGGGUGCAAGACCUCGAGGCGAAGGUGAACCGAAUGGAGAAACAGUUGAUCACCCAGAACAAUCUGAUCGACGCCUUACGGCAAAUGUUGCGUGACGAAUGCGAUAAGGUUAAGACACUACAAAAAGAGCUGGAGAAGUACGCACAGUGCGUAACACAGGUAUGAUAAAACGUUAGCCUUUCAUUAUUGUACGUAUUUUUGUCGGCUACGGAGGCCGUCCGGUUCUACACACGAUCAGUUGUAGAACAUUAAACGACUAGGUAUUCAUCAAACAGAGACACAAAAGGAUACAGUAACAUUCCUUGCAUUUCGCAGUUUAUAUAGCAUCGUGACGAAUCAGUUAGUCCUGAGGCAAGUCAAGUAAUUACGUGUGCACACAGAUCUACUGCAUAAAUAUCUGCAUCUUUACUUCUACUAUUGAACUAGCAAACAAAUCAAUUUCUAGCGAACCAUUCCGCAGCGAGCUGGAUACGCAUAUUAUAUCAUUGAGUAGAAAGUAUUUUGUCGUAGAGUAUUUUACCACUGUAUAAAAUAGAGCUACAAAAGCAUUGAACCAGGCAUGCAUUCUAGUGCGCAAUAUUAAAAUAGUGUGCUGAAAAUAAUCGGAUAAAAUCAAUUGCGCUCUAAGACAAUUUAUUCCGCCUUUAUCACGUACGCGACUUCACGGGUGGAGAUUGCGUACUUAUGUGGCACUGCUUUCGGAAUUGUCUACCUAGCGAGACUAGAAGAAUGGAUGGUGCGUUUGGCGAUCAGAUUCAGCUUUAAUUUUUACGACCAUUACUACUACAGGUAUAGGUAGCUAAUGCAAAGUUUACUCGAUUCGAUUUAGUUAUUUGGUUCGAUAUGGUGAAACCCCCAUUCUAUUCUAUUCCUUGAAAAGAAAAAGUAAGAGCAAAAGGAGCUUUCUUUUAAAAUUUUGUUUUGUGAAUAUAUUUUCUUUAUCAUCAACAUUUUGAUAAAAUUGUUUCUUUUAUUGUGAAAAUAUGCGUAAGGGCGCAGACGUACUGCUAUGGUGUAUUGCAACGGUCCGCAUAAAUCGUUUCGAAACUGAUGUUGCUGCAGCAAACAAUGCGACGGAAUCGAUUAUUUCUCUACUUGUUUAAAAACUAGUACAGUCCCGAAUAAAUGCUAUCAAGAGUUAUUCAAUGACAUACCUAUUAGAAAUUGGCUUUAAAUAUACUGUUUUCCCCAUAAUCACAACAGGAAAUAAGUAUUUGUUGCAUUUAAAAUGUCUAUUUUUGAUAUUUUAUAAAUUUAUCAGAUUUAUGAAAUGAUCAUCAUAAACUGAACAACUAUAUAAAGGCAUGUGAGAAAAUAGUUACUGCAAACAACGCCUACGGCAAGUUUAUAACAGACAAAACGGAAUAGAUGGAUGGAUUGGUUUGAUAGUAAAGAAGCGCCGGUUAAGGUAUUUUUACACAAAAUAAAUUUAGAAACAAGGCAAGUACCGUCCGCGAAUAGAAAUGGACGGUUAUUCCAAACCUUUUUUCGGACACAAAAAAAAACACAUCGAUGACGGCUAGGCGAAACAAAAGCACCAUAAAAACGUAGCACAUGGCAAACUGACAAAACAAAUCCGAAAUUGUUCCCCCACUCAGUUCGAGUGAGUCAAAAAAAAAAUUCGCCAUCUUUUUUGUAUAUAGCUGAUAGCGAUAAACCUUAUACAAUAUUUUAUUUAGCCUUUAAAUUUCCACAAAUGAAGCAAACAUUCGCUUUAUACAUAUACAAUAUUAAAUUCAUGAUGCAUGAUAAAUUUAUGUAACA